AUGGUUUUCAUGAAUGGACUUGGAUCCGACCCUCUGUCAGCAAAGGAGGCAGAGGGCCCUCCGGUUCAAGUUGAACCAGUUGAUUUGAGUUUGCGCUCGCCGCGUGCCAGCACAUCGCAUGGGAUCAGCACCAACAGCAGCAGCAGCAGCAGCAGUAAAACAAGCGCCACCAAAGCCGCCACCAGUAAAGGCACUACCACCACUACCAGCAACAACAGCUAUAGCAGCAAUGGAAAGCAUUCGACGGCGACACGCACUUCAUCCUCAUCCUCGACAGCUGCCAACUAUGGCCUGGGAGUGGGAGCCUUUGGAAGGCAGCAGGCCAGCCCGUCGGCUCUGUAUGCGCCUCAUGCGGCGGCCGCCGUUUCCAAAUUGCCAUUCUCGCCAUUUUUUGCCGCAUCGCCAUUUUUUUUCACCUACCGACGCAUCAGCAAGCAGGAGGACAAUAACAACAGCUGCGGCUAUGUUAACCACAAUAGCAACAACAACAACAGCAGCAGCAGCGUCGGCGGCGGCGCCAGCUGCAACAAUAAUAGCAAUAAUGGCAGCAGCCGGGCCUCGUCCAUGUCCUCGUCCGGCCUGCAACAGCAGCGCACGCUCAUGCAGGACUACGAUCGCAAGUUUAGCCUUCUGAGCCUAUUCAAGAAUCCCUACAAGUUUGCUGAUAGCCAAGGUCCGAGGAAGACUCCCUCCAGCAGUGGCGGCAGCAGCAACAAGACGGCGCUGUCGGCUGCACCUGCGAGCUGCACUCCCAGCUGGAAGAGCUACGCGGCCUCCGGCUCGGCGCAUGCGGCGCUUAAUCCCGCCUUCGGGGGUGUGGGCGUGGGCAAGGACAGCAGCAGCUUCAGCGGCAUUAACUUUGGCGCCGGCAGCAGCGCAGGCGCGCCCUUCAGUCGUGCCGAAGCAUCGGCCAAUGGCUACAAUGAUCUCUCCAAGAACCGAAAGGUACACAAGUGCGACACAGAGGGUUGCGACAAGGUCUACACCAAGAGUUCGCAUCUCAAGGCGCACAAGCGUACGCACACGGGUGAGAAGCCCUAUGUGUGCACCUGGGAGGGCUGCAUCUGGCGCUUUGCGCGCUCCGACGAACUGACGCGCCACUAUCGGAAGCAUACGGGUGUAAAGCCCUUUCGUUGCCAGCUGUGCACGCGAUCCUUCAGCCGUUCCGAUCACCUCUCGCUCCACAUGCGCCGCCACUGA